CUUGUUCACUUCACUCACACUAUCAUUCCCUUCCUUAGUUCGUGCUACCAAAAAAUAACGCAAAUUCUCUCGCACAUCACAAUUCACAGCACGCAACAAACUAUGGAGACUAGCAUUGCUUGUUGUUCUAGGAGCAUGUUGCUCCCUAAAGUUUCAUCUCAGCACUCAUCUGCCCUUUUGCCUUCAUCUUUCAACCUCAAGAGUCUAAAAUCAAGCUCACUCUUUGGAGACUCAUUGCGGAUGAAUACCAAGUCAUCAUUCAAGGUGAUCAAGGCAAAGAACUCUUCCCUUGUAACCAAAUGUGAACUUGGUGACAGUUUGGAAGAGUUCUUAGCAAAGGCAACCCCAGACAAAGGACUAAUUAGAUUGCUGAUGUGCAUGGGAGAAGCAUUAAGGACUAUUGGCUUUAAAGUCAGGACAGCUUCAUGUGGAGGAACUCAAUGUAUUAACACUUUUGGGGAUGAACAACUUGCUAUUGAUGUGCUUGCUGAUAAACUCCUUUUCGAGGCACUAAAUUACUCACAUGUCUGCAAGUAUGCUUGCUCGGAAGAAGUCCCUGAGCUUCAAGAAAUGGGAGGCCCAGUUGAAGGCGGAUUUAGCGUAGCAUUCGAUCCCCUCGAUGGCUCGAGCAUCGUCGAUACAAAUUUCUCAGUAGGCACCAUAUUUGGGGUUUGGCCAGGUGACAAGCUAACUGGUGUAACAGGCAGAGAUCAAGUGGCAGCUGCUAUGGGUAUUUAUGGUCCUAGGACAACUUAUGUCUUGGCACUUAAAGACUUCCCUGGCACCCAUGAGUUUCUUCUACUUGAUGAAGGAAAGUGGCAACAUGUAAAGGAAACAACAGAAAUUAAUGAAGGAAAAUUGUUCUGCCCUGGAAAUUUGAGAGCCACUUCUGAUAAUGCUGAAUAUGACAAGCUGAUCCAAUAUUAUGUGAGAGAGAAAUACACAUUGAGAUACACAGGAGGAAUGGUUCCUGAUGUUAACCAGCUCAUAGUGAAGGAGAAAGGUAUAUUCACCAAUGUAGCAUCACCUUCAGCCAAGGCAAAACUAAGGCUGUUGUUUGAAGUAGCUCCCCUAGGACUUCUGAUUGAGAAGGCUGGUGGUUACAGCAGUGAUGGAACCCAAUCUAUCUUGGACAAGGUGAUCGAAAACCUCGACGACCGAACCCAAGUUGCUUACGGGUCCAAGAACGAGAUCAUUCGGUUCGAGAAGACACUAUAUGGAUCUUCUAGGCUAGAGGAGCCAGUUCCUGUUGGAGCAGCUGUUUAACUAAGUUAAAUGUUCUAUUAUUAAUAAUAUCCCCUUUUUGUCUAUAAUUUAGCCUUAAUUAUAUGGCUAUUUGCAUUGCAGCUUUGCUUAAUUUCUUAUUGCAUAUGGAUCAUAUUCAUGAUAAUGAAAAAACGAAGUAAAAAUACAUUUUUCUUGAAGGAAAUGAGUUCAUGUACAAUUACUAUACUUCUUUUCCAGAAAAAGAAAAAGAAAUGCAUUGUAGUUGUUGUUGUGA